CCAAUACAAUUUUGUUAUUGACAUUAGUGAAAAUAAUUAUUACUAGUGUAUGAUAGUGUUAUAUUAACAUUUUUAAAUGAAUUCGUAAUAACAAAUGUUAGUUACUUUAUGAUAAUAAUUGUAAGCAAAUCUCACAUUGACAAAGCAUGGGAGAGAUCCAUGGUUCAUAAGUAAGAAACCGAUGUUAACUGACAAGACGCGUUUUGGGGUGUAAUGGAGGAGUUAUUUUGGGAAUUCCGAAGUUAAACGUGCUCAAAGUGAAGUACAACAAAGAUGGGUGACCUUAUGGGAAGUCACCAUGAAUUGCACCCCAAGUCGAAAUCUGUGCGGGUGUAGAGGCCCAAAGCGGACAGUAUCUUGUCGGGAAAAGGUUCGGGAUGUUACAAGUGGUAUCAGAGCCUCUCCCCGUCCCUCUUGACCGAUGGUGGGGCAAACCUCAACGAGGGCGUUGAGUCCCAGGGGGGGUGUAUCAUGUAUGUAACACCUUAGACAAAUUCCACAUCGACAAAGCACGAGAGAGAUACAUGGUUCAUAAGUAAGAAACCGACAUUAACUGACAAGACGCGUUUUGGGGUGUAAUGAAGGAGUUCUUGUGAGAACUCCGAAGUUAAACGUGUUAAGGUGUAGUACAACAAGGAUAAGUGACCUUAUGAGAAAUCACCCUGAAUUGCAUUCCAAAUCGAAAUCUGUGCGAGUGUAGAGGUCCAAAGCGGACAAUAUGUUGUAGGGAAAAAAAUUCCCCAUGUUACAAUAAUUAUGGGGAAAAAAACACUAGGCCAUCCCACUUAUUAAAAAAAAAGAGUGUGACCAUAACCUCACCCGUUAUCGGAAACAAGACAGCAACAUAGAAAUGCGUGUAGUCGGCGAAAUCACUCUUCUUCUUCCUUCCCCUUCACGGAAUCUUGCCCAUGUUGUUUGAACGGCACUGGGAAAUUAAAUUAGUAGUUUUCUCCAUUCAAGCUGGCAGUAUAGUCAAUAGUGUGUCAUUUACUCAUAUUCUUUUUUAGAAUUCAACAGAAUAACCUUCACCGUUUACCCCUUUAAUAUAUUUGUAUGGCCUGAACUUUGACCAAAAUAAAUAUCCUGGCCAAUCUUUUUGAUCUAUAACAUAUUGGCCCAAACUAUACAGUAAAAUAACUAAAUUGGCCAAACCCGACGUUUGACCGUUCACUUGGACGGUCAAUCGUGUUGACUAACGGUAACGCGCCACAUCACCACCCAAUCAACAUAAAAAAUGUUGAAAAAUUCAAAAAAGAUACAUAAUCUCAUUAUUUUAAUUAAGUUAAAAAUAAAUAUAAAAAGAAAAGAAAAAAUAAUAAAAGAGAUAAAUGGUAAUAGGUGAAAAAACCAGUUUUUUUAAGUGUAUUGUGUUGAUUGGGCGAUGAUAUGGACCGUUGACCGUUAGUCAACACGUUUGAACGUCCAAGUUAACGGUCAAAUGUCGAGUUUGGCCAAUUUAGUUAUUUUAAUAUAUAGUUUGGGCCAAAAUGUUAUAGAUCGAAAAAAUUGGUCAUGAUGUUUAUUUUGAUCAAAAUUCAGGUCAUACAAAUAUAUUAAUUCUUUAUUAUUGUGUUCGUGGUGGUGGCGGGAUAUGGAUAGCUAGCCCGUUUUUUAUCCGGGUAUCCACACUACUCAACGGGAAAACCAAAUAUGUAUUUUUCUUCUUCCUUUUUCUCAUUCUUUUUCCCUCCUCAUUCCCCGCUUGGACUGCCACGAAGGUUUAUAACUUCGAGGAGAUAGACAAUGAUGUCAAAUAGGGAUGAGCGACGCAGCAGCAGCAGCGCGUGUAGCAAACCCUCCGAUGUAAAACUACCAAGCCUUCGGUUAUUUGAAUCAUAUACUAUAGGGUCUAAACCUGACCAAAAUUGAACCUUUUUUCAGCUAAAUUUUUUAGGCUUCAACAUGGUUCAUAUUCUUAGUAGAGUAUCCUCCUCUUUCAACUUUCAUUAACAAAACUACUACAAUCGAGAUUUAUGGACAAACAACAUAUACUUUAGUAAAAAAGGUUGGGACUUAAUAUCUUAUAAGUUAUGAGUCAAAACGAGGAGCAUAACAUGACUAUUUAUUGAUUAGUGGAAUCUCUUAUUUUAUAUUAUUUACAUUAUAACUAGAGUAUCAUUUAAUAUACGAGACGUUAUAGUAAUGAUCUCAAAUUGAAAUUAUUGUACAUGGUAUUUAUAAGGAGCGAGUCAAGAAUGAAGAGUCAUGAUGGGACGUGGUGCAAAGACCCUCGAUACAAACUCGCACGCCGUAAAAACAAGUAAGGAUAUGUCAGAUCGAAGGGUCGAGCUCAUGUUAUAUUAUCAUCGCUAAUUUUGAAUACAAGGAAACGUGAUUAUGAUGACUCCAACACAAGAAAUGUUAAUCCGAAUAUCCAACACAAACAUGGGUGAGGAAGAUGAUAUCUUUCUAGAGACUCGGAAUUGGACUUUAAAAUACACUCCAUCAAAUUACAUUCACUUAUCAAUAAAAUAUACAUAACAUUCUGAAUUUGUUCCAGGCGAAGACAUUAUCCGCUUUGAGUCCAUACCCGCACGAUUGCAUAUCAAGGUUACUUAUCAUAAUGUCACCCAUCCUUGGAGUGUGACACAAUGAGCACGUUUAACUUCAGAGUUCUCACAAAAACUCUUCCAUUUCACAACAAAAUGCUUCUUAUAAGUUAAUGUCAAUUUCUUACUAAUGAAUCGUAGAUCUCUCUCGUGUUUUGUCUAUGUUGGAAUUGCUUAAGGUGUUACAUACAUCCCCUAUAGGGACUCGACGUCCUCGUUGAGAUUUGCCCCACCAUUGUUCAAGAAUGACACAGAGAGGCUUUGAUACUACUUGUAACAUUCUGAAUCUUUUCUCAAUAAAUAUAUUCCCCGCUUUGGACUCAUACUCGCAUGGUAAUUUUGGCUUUGAGAUGCACCCCAAGACAAAAUCCGUGAGGAUUUAAACUCAAACUGGGACAAUAUCUUGUCGUAAAGAAGUUUGCGAUGUAUAUAUCUACUUUCGAAAGAAAAACUUCAAAUAACAAAAAAAUAUGAGUAACUGGAUAUUCAAAUAUAAUAAAAUCAAGUACCAUUAACAAUCCCAUUAUAAGCUGCAAACCCUACUAUCCUAGAUGGGAAAUAUGAAAUAUCCCUCACAUAAACGGGAACAAUCUCCACAGAUUCGCGAUCAGAUGCACGCUCCGCCGUAAGCGCGUCACUUCGGAUAGGUACAUCCAGCUAGGCGCUAUAAAUGCGUGUGAUCAUCCCCGUCCCGUUUUCAAUUCUCACAUUUCAUUACACAACAGAAACGACUUCCAGGCGUCACUCAUUCCCGCUACACACGAAACCUCUAGCCCCCGCAUCCGCAGUAGUUGGGCGGAGCUUUUCCUGCGUCUUCACUCUUCCGCCAACCGGAAAACUCUAAAUCACAGCCGGAGGGAAAAGCGACGGUGAAUAAGAAGGAAAAAAUUAUGGCGAAAGGAACGACGACGAUUGAUGUCGGAGCGGACGGAGUUGCUCUCAUCACCAUCAUCAAUCCUCCCGUCAAUUCCCUCUCCUUCGACGUGUUGUACAGCUUGAAAGAAAGCUAUGAUCAGGCAUUACGCAGAGAUGAUGUUAAGGCAAUUGUUGUUACCGGUGCAAAGGGAAAGUUCUCUGGUGGAUUUGACAUCAGUGCUUUUGGCGGAGUUCAGACAGGAAAGGUGGAUCAACCAAAGCCUGGUUACAUAUCAAUUGACGUACUUACAGAUACUGUUGAAGCUGCAAGAAAGCCUUCUGUUGCUGCAAUUGAUGGCCUUGCCUUGGGCGGUGGACUGGAAGUUGCAAUGGCUUGCCAUGCUCGAAUCUCAACCCCUACUGCACAAUUGGGCUUGCCUGAACUUCAACUUGGAAUUAUUCCUGGAUUUGGAGGAACACAGAGACUUCCACGUCUUGUUGGGAUCUCAAAAGCCCUUGAAAUGAUGCUGACGUCGAAACCAGUGAAGGGAACUGAAGCUCAUGGUUUGGGCCUUGUGGAUAGUCUAGUUUCUCCUAAUGAGUUGGUUUCCUCUGCACGCCGCUGGGCCCUAGACAUGGUGGAGGGCAAAAGACCAUGGGUUGCUAGCCUUUACAAGACUGAUAAGUUGGACUCAUUUGGAGAGGCAAGGGAGAUUUUCAAAUUUGGAAGGGCACAAGUGCGGAGACAAGCUCCCAACCUUCAACAUCCUUUAGUUUGCAUUGAUGUUGUGGAAACAGGCAUAAUUUCUGGUCCCAGAGCUGGUUUGUGGAAGGAGUUUGAAUCUUUCCAAGAACUCGUCCGUUCUGACACCUGCAAGAGUCUCGUUCACAUAUUCUUUGCUCAGCGUGGAACAACUAAGGUUCCUGCAGUCACAGACCUGGGAUUGAAGCCCAGACGAGUGAAUAAGGUUGCCGUUAUUGGUGGAGGACUGAUGGGCUCUGGAAUAGCUACUGCAUUAGUCCUAAGUAAUUAUCCUGUUAUUUUAAAAGAAAUCAACGAGAAGUUCUUGCAGGCUGGGCUGGAUAGAGUCAAAGCCAAUUUGCAGAGCCGAGUGAAGAAAGGAAAGAUGACUCAGGAAAAGUUUGAGAAAACUUUUUCUCUUCUUAAGGGUGCUCUUGAUUAUGAAAGCUUUAGAGAUGUGGACAUGGUCAUAGAGGCUGUAAUUGAAAACGUCUCAUUGAAGCAACAAAUCUUUGCGGACCUCGAGAAGUACUGCCCACCGCAUUGCAUACUUGCAAGCAACACUUCUACAAUUGACUUGAACUUGGUAGGCAGCAAGACAAGGUCUCAUGAUAGGAUCAUCGGAGCCCAUUUCUUUAGUCCGGCUCAUAUCAUGCCACUCCUGGAAAUUGUUCGCACCAACAAGACUUCUCCUCAAGUUAUUGUCGAUCUACUAGAUGUCGGUAAAAAGAUCAGGAAGACUCCAGUUGUUGUUGGGAACUGUACUGGGUUUGCAGUCAACAGAAUGUUCUUCCCUUACACACAAGCUGCUCUUUUACUUGUGGAGCACGGAACUGAUCUUUAUCUCAUCGAUAAGGCUGUUACCAAAUUCGGAAUGCCAAUGGGCCCUUUCCGGUUGGUUGACUUGGUAGGUUUUGGUGUGGGAGUUGCCACUGCAAUGCAGUUUAUCGAGAAUUUCCCAGAGCGAACCUACAAGUCUAUGGUUAUCCCUCUAAUGCAAGAGGAUAAGAGAGCAGGUGAAACUACUCGCAAAGGAUUCUACCUCUAUGAUGAUAAACGCAAAGCACGCCCAGAUCCUGAGGUGAAGAAAUAUAUUGAGAAGGCACGAAGCAUUUCUGGCGUUUCAGUGGAUCCCAAGUUAGCUAAAUUAUCGGAGAAGGACAUAAUCGAAAUGAUAUUCCUCCCCGUGGUCAACGAGGCCUGCAGAGUUUUCGCCGAGGGCAUUGCAGUUAAAGCUGCAGACCUCGACAUAUCAUCUGUCAUGGGAAUGGGUUUCCCUCCUUACAGGGGAGGCAUUAUGUUCUGGGCGGAUUCACUAGGAUCGAAGUACAUCUACUCGAGAUUGGAGGAAUGGUCCAAGACAUUCGGCGGCUUCUUCAAGCCCUGUGCUUUCUUGGCUGAGCGAGCUGCCGCGGGUGCUCCUCUGAGUGCUCCAGUGGAGCAAGCGAAAUCGCGGAUGUAGGACUUUCGGUCUCGAGCACGAUGAAAUACGAACCACCCUUACGUGUGGAGAAAUCUUCCAAAGAAAUUAUCUCCUCUUUGUCUUACCAGCAGAAUAAUGUCUUGAUGACAGAGAACUGGGGAGAAAGAAACAUAUUUUAAGAAACGAGAACUAGUAGAAUAAUACUUCUUGUUUAGAAUAGUCAAAAUCUGGAUGUGAUUUUAUGGCAUCUAUUUCCAGAGCUGUUCUUCUUCUGCGUCAACCUGGAGGCUCAUAUUAUAUGAACCACAGUAUUUCCAGACGUGAGCAAUGCUUUUUUUUUUUUUUUUUGCUUUGUGGGGAAACAAUUUGCUGCUACAAGACAGCAAGUUUUAAUAUUUUCAAGGUACCGAUUUCAAAGUUCAAACUAAACAGUUUAGGCUCGCGAAUUAGUAUAAACUGUAUAAUUGUCUCUGUUUUCAGAACCGGACCGGAAGCUGAACCGAAAAAGUUAGUGGUUCAUGGUUCAGUGGUUAACCGUUAUAAAACUGUUGGUGAACCGUUUAAGAACCGCUCAUACAUAUAAAAUACAAAAGACAUGUAAUAGACUAAUUAAAAACUGAAAUUUCCAUCAACCAUAAACAAUCAAAAUCCUUACUAUCAAUCACAAAAAUUCUCACAAAUCAUAAAGCUGUCUCACAAAAAAUCCAACGAAAGUUCAGAGGCUAAGUGCUCUUUCAUUCUAUGAAUCCCACUCCCUUUGACAAUCUUGUUACAUUCCAGACAAGUAAGAACUUUUUUUUACCUUCAAUCACUUGAAGAUUAACAUGUGCGAUCAUGUUUAUCGGUUGGAUUUGAGGUAGGAGCAACAUCGGAGAGUGGAAUUUGAGAUGGUUGAGGUUGACUCUCCAUUUCUCAAUUUGCAAAAUAUAAAAUUCUUUUAGUUAAUUAUGUAUGUUAUACUUUCUGAUCCCUAAUGUACUACGUGCUCCUUCAUGUGACUAUGAAAUGAAUUAUUAUAUAAAUGGGCCUUUGAAAUCAAUUGUAUCCGCAUGGCCAUGAUUUUAAAGAAUCAAAGAAAAGCACCAUGCACAAUAUAUAUAAGUAACAGUAUAACACAAUAGCCAUAUAGGUUUAAUAGGCAUAUAUAGCGAAAGUAUGUAGGGAGAAAAGAUAAAAGAAAGAGGUGUGUGUGCAGCUGAUUAAUCUAUCUACACUAUAUAAUACGUUUUCAUGAGUGACUUUUGCUGCAUUUCAAAAAUGGAGCCACAGGAUUAAUUUACGGAGGGAUAGUUUUGUCAAAACACCCUUAUCAAUUUUAGCCCAAAACGUUGCGUUCUAUUUUAUUGAUUUUGACUUUUUGUUAUUGUUUUUGCUUUUCCGUUUGUUUCUUCCUUUUGUUGUGCCACUCACUAACCCAAACGAUUUGUUUUGCCAAUAUUUAAAUUGUAGAUUUUUUUGGCAUUUAGUCUCCAAUCCCCCAUCCGUAAUCAAUUAUUAUGUCCCAUAAAAAAAAUCAAUUAUUAUGACUUCCACACAAAAAAAAAUCAAUUAUUAUGACAAACACUGCUUAAUAUUCUGCUGUCGCUCAAACUCAAUUCAUUAGAGUCUAAAUCAUGUUUGCGUAAUUCUAUUUUUGGAGUAUAUUAAUAUUCAAUUCAUUAGUUUUGGUCCAAAUUAUCAUUAAUAUUGGAAGUUCAAAAAAAAUGGAUACCUGAUUAUAAUGUUUUUUUUUUGUUAUGAGACAAAAAGAAAAGUAGAAACACCUAUAUUAAAGGUAUAUAAUUGGGUUGAAAUUAGUAAUGAAACUAUAUAUAUAAAUUUUUUAUACAAUCAUCUAGACUCAGGUAGAUCCAUUUGGAUCUAACCCAAAUGAAUUGAACCAAAUAGA